AUGAAAGGGUGCGCUACACUUCCUAGGCCCGGGUGUAGUGGAAAAUAUUCAAGGGUUGCUAGGUCGUCGCCAAGAAGCGGCGCGCCACCCAAGGGUGGUGUUAACUAUCUAAGGUUUCAUGGUAAGGGCAGGGGUAAGGGUAAGGGUAGUAGGAUGCGUUUUGGGACUUGGAACAUUGGUUCUUUGACAGGGAGAUUAGUCGAAGUAGUAGAGGUUAUGAGAAGGAGAAGAGUUAACAUAUUAUGUUUGCAGGAGACUAAGUGGGUUGGAAACAAGGCAAGAGAAAUAUCUCCAUGGAGUUAUAAGCUUUGGUAUUCGGGAAAAACUAGGGGUAGGAAUGGGGUAGGUAUCCUUAUUGACCGAGAAUAUAUUGAUGAUGUAGUGGACGUGUCCCGAAAGAGUGAUCGAAUUAUGAGUAUUAAGCUUGUGAUAGGGGAUGAAGUUGUAACUAUUGUGAGUGCCUAUGCACCACAAGCAGGACUAGAUACUUCAACUAGACAAAAAUUUUGGGAGGGAUUAGAAGAAGUGGUGCAAUGUGUCCCUAGAAGUGAGAAACUGAUCACUGGUGGGGAUCUCAACGGACAUGUAGGCUCGAGUCGCGAUGGAUUUGAAAGCAUUCAUUGUGAUUUUGGGUAUGGGGAGCGGAAUGAAGCGGGAAAUGCUAUUUUGGAUUUUGCAUUGGCAUAUGACUUGGAAAUAAUGAACACUUGGUUUGAGAAAAGAGACUCUCAUCUAGUAACCUAUAGGAGUGGAGAUAUUACGAGUCAGAUUGACUUCUUUUUUGUAAGGAAUGCUUUGAGACAGUGCUACACCAAUUGUAAGGUGAUUCCGGGUGAGAGUACAGCAACCCAACAUAAGCUUGUGGUCCUUGAUUUUCGAGGUAGAAGUUAUAUAAGGAGGGGAAGAUCACUAGUGGAGCCUAGGAUCAAGUGGUGGAAACUUCAAGGGGAGCAACAACGAAAAUUCGUGGAAAAGGUGGCUAGUGAAGGUAUUUGGAUCGGGAUAUGGAUUUGGAUAUAG